GCGCUGCUGCUCCCGUCACGGUCAUCCUCUCUCCUGCCGCCCCUUCAAACAAUGUUAUCCAUAUUCUGCGCGGCUCUAAUUCACCCAUCCAGCGCUACGUCCAACCCUUCGGAUUGAUUCUACCAUCGACAGUUUGCCAUGGCAACGGUGGUGAUGGAGCAGAUCGGUCGGCUCUUUAUCAACGCGCAGCAGCUGCGACAGAUCCCCCAGCUGCUGGAGUCGGCCUUCCCCACGCUGCCUUGCACUGUGAAGAUCUCCGACGUUCCCUGGGUGUUCCGCGAGCGCCACAUCCUCACUGGCUACCGACAGCCGCACCAAAGCUGGCGCUACUACUUCCUCACCCUCUUCCAAAGGCACAAUGAGACCCUCAAUGUGUGGACCCACCUGCUGGCCGCCCUCAUCAUCUUGGUGAAGUGGCAGGAAAUCUCGGAGACGGCGGAUUUUUUGCGAGACCCUCAUGCCCAGCCCCUCUUCAUUGUGCUCCUGGCAGCCUUCACCUACCUCUCUUUCAGUGCUCUCGCUCAUCUCCUCUCUGCCAAGUCAGAGCUCUCGUACUACACCUUCUACUUCCUCGACUAUGUGGGGGUUGCCGUCUACCAGUACGGGAGCGCUCUGGCACACUACUACUAUGCCAUAGAGAAAGAGCUGCACACCAGUGUGCAGGGGUUCUUUUUACCCGCUGCAGCUUUCUUGGCUUGGCUCACUUGCUUCGGCUGUUGCUACGGCAAAUAUGCCGGCCCUGAGCUGCCCAAGUUUGCUAUCAAGCUCUUCCAAGUGGUGCCCUCGGCCUUGGCUUACUGUUUAGACAUAAGCCCUGUGGUUCAUCGCAUUUACAGGUGCUACCAGGAGGGCUGCUCUGACCCAAUUGUGGCGUACCACUUCUACCAUGUGCUCUUUUUCCUAAUCAGCGCCUAUUUCUUUUGCUGCCCUCACCCAGAGAGUUUGUUCCCUGGGAAGUGUGACUUCAUCGGGCAGGGCCACCAGAUCUUUCACGUGUUCGUGGUGGUGUGCACCCUGAUGCAGGUCGAAGCGCUGCGAACAGACUUCCUGGAGCGCCGUCCCUUCUACGAGCGUCUCCACGGAGAUCUCGCUCACGACGCCGUUGCACUCUUCAUCUUCACUGCCUGCUGCAGUGCUCUCACUGCUUUCAUUGUGCGCAAUCGUGUACGUGCCUCCCUCCACGAGAAGGAGGAGUAAGAAUCGCAAUGAUCUCAAAACAAAACAAAAAAAAAGAAGUCUAAUUUAUUUCACUCCGUAGUGACCGUUUUAAAGAUAAUUCCGAUGUCUUUGUCAAUGAAAGUUAUCAGUUUGUGACAGUGACUUAUGAUUAUUUCUUCUCUCUGUGAUCUGCCAAACUACAGUGAACUUAAAAAAAAAAAAAAAGUGACUGAGGGUGUGUUUUUGUGACUUACAAAGAGGAAAAGGGAAUCUUGUAAUUUUUCUGUAGCAGAGCAGGUGGUGUUCAAACACUGCAACAAGUCAUUGCAUCUUUACUCCUCUCUUUUAUUAGUCUGCAAAGUUGUUUUUAACUCAUGGUCUACGGAGAUGUUUUACCUCACUGGAAAAACAGUGUUACUGUCCUGAGGGGUGCGCUACCAAGCAAGUUCAACUUAGCCAAGCUUUCUUUUACUGGCUUGACAAAACCCAAAACCCCAGUCAGGGAGAAUGGACGUCACGACGGUGGUUUCUUUAUUGAACUUAUUCUGAUCGUGCUCACGGUAACGCGAUGCUUCGACGCUUCAUUUGGGCUCUUUUUCUGCAGAAAUUCUAUAGAUUGCAAUGCUGCCUGCUUCAGUCAAGAGGAGCAGGUUACUAUAACGGAGCGCUAUGAAGAAUAUAAAAGGCUUGGUUUAAGCACAGUUACUGCUCAUAAGGCAAGAGAGGAAUGCUGAUAGAAAACUGACCUUGUGUACAUUAAUAUUCAGCAUUCGAUGUAUUUUCAAUGCAGCUGCUUAAACUUUAAAGGUCACAUAUUGUCACAUGUUGUACCAAGUUAAUGUAAAGUCUAACAUGCCCCCAAAAUGUGUAUUUUAACUUAAAAUAAAGCACAGCUGAUUUAUUCUACCAUUAGUAUAAUACCCCUGGUUCCAGCUUUAAAUCCAACUGAGGUCUUUUCCUCAUAUCUCCAGUCAAACUGGGGUGUUUAUUUUUAAAAGCGAUUAAAAUGUAGAUUUUACAUAAUAAUAAUAAACCUCAUACAUUUAAACAUGAUAUUCUGAAACUGUCCAACAUUGAAGAAUACGUGGAAAUCACUUCAGUUUUUGGCUAAAUUACAGUGAAAAUGAUGUCAUUGAUUGAAUAUUGUUCUGAUAGCUGCAGUACCAACGGUCUAUAGGACUAAACAUUCAACCAAACCCUCAGCCGACAAUCUGUGCAGCAUCCGUUACCAUGGUGAUCAAACCAGAUGAAAAGAGAACCGCCUUUGUGACGCCGAAAACUCCGACUUUAUGCUCAGCGUACUUUGCCAGCUCAUUAAUUCUGCUUUGUAGUGCACCCCUCAGGUGAGCAGAAAAAUUAAUAGGCUCAAAAUGCCUUAAUUGUGUUUAGAAUAAUCUGACUGUCUUAAUCAAAUUGUAGCAUUUCAACUCAUGCAGUCAUUUAUUUUUACAAUUUACAGUCCCAGGAGACUUUGUAUAUUGGAUGCUAAUUCCAAUCCAAUUUUAAAUUACUGUUCUUCUAGAUGUACCUGUCUGGCAUUUAUUUAAUGUGUUUUCCCUGAGAUUGUUCCCCUCUCUUUAGAUAUCAAACAGGGAAUUAGUUUUUUAAAUUAAAUUUAUAGGCACUAACACUGUGCCGCAGUAAUGUUUGAACACAAUCGAUGAGAGUUGAGAACCCAAUUUGAAAACCAAAUAUUGUGUCUCCGUAUAAAGCAUAAAGGACGGAGACGUUUUCUUUGGGUGGUAACAUUCUGCUGAAGACGAGGCUGGCACUCUGUAUCGGUAAAGAGAUGGAUGGAAGAUUAGUGAUGUCUCUUUGUUGUGGGUGACAAUUGUUAAUCUUUUUUAUUCAAAGGGCUGGAACUUCAGCUUUUGCCUUUUUCACAUCCCAUGAUGUCAGUGCUUUUUGCGCGCGUCGCUUUCAUUGUCGGUUGAUCAGAUUUGAGUCACAGAAGCCGCGUCUGACUGGUGUUCCGCUUUUUGUUUUUGUAUGAUGAAUAUGUAUGUGCCUCUACGCAUGUCUUUUUUGGUAUAUACUGUGGAUAUUAAGUGUGUGAAUGUCUAUGAAAGCUUAGCCUUGCACUUCUUUCUUACCCUGUAAAUAAACCGUGUUUCUUUGGGAAGUUGUUUGCAUCCCCAUUUUGUCUCCGCCUAAAAGCAUUCGGAACUUGAAUGCAUGUUUUCUUUCUGGUGGAGUUACGGCACAUUUCUAUUUUGCUACAUCUUUUCAGAGUGUGUUCGGUGUCCUCCUGCCUGUCAGACUGGAUGCAUCAUUUCAUACUGCUGCACUGUUACUCUGAAGAGUCUGUCUUUUAUUCUCUCCUUCAGUUGGUGACUUUUCUUAUAUAUAAAUAUAUAUAUAUUAAAAAAGAAAAAAAUAUCACAGAGAUAUGGCUUCACUGAUAAUGCCGCUUAGAUUUUUAUCUCACAAAAUGUCAGAAAUAAUAACGAUUGCACUCUCUUUUCAUGACAGUGUUUAAUGUGCCAAUGAAUCUGUUAUUGCUUCAGUGACGGUACUACUGAAAGACAGAAAGUCAGACGAGUGAGAUUGAACCAUAACGCCCGCCCCAGUAUGAACCUUUUAACUCUUGACUUUGGCAUUUCUGACCUGGUCUCAUCAUGCACUGCCUGAAUCAACACUGUAUAUACUGUAGCUGACAACACUGGCUAUGUUUACAUGCAUGGAGGCUGUUAAUGUCUGGUUGAUCCUCGGAAAUGUUCAGAAUAACCCGAGUAAACCUUUUCUCCACUUCAGAGAGAAACCUAAACCUCCCCCUUGUUAUAGAUCGGAGGGCAACAAGAUUGAAGCUCUCAUGCGGUCUAAUGCUUUGCUGAAAGGCUUCAUUAUUGGCUAAUGAUUUCCAAUUGGCAAAUGAUGUCUCUAAACCUCUCAUCAGCCCCGCUUGUAACAUAAGGCUAUUGUCCUGAGCAUCAAAAGGACCAAAACAAUUACUAGUGAGAAAUCAGCAUCGUUGAAAACGGAAGGGAGCGGUUGGAAAGCAACCAGUAUUUUUUUUUUUUGCUAAAUAGAUUGUUUGUCACCACAUGGAUAAUGAUGGUCAUCUUCUACGUGUUGGUGCUGCGAAUUGGCGUGUGGGCGUCUGUGAAAUCUAAGAUGGAGAAUCCAACAUGGAUAAUGAUGGUCAUCGUCUACGUGUUGGUGGAUGAUGAGUGGAAGUUUGUGUGGAUGUAAGUGUGUGUGUGUGUGUGUGUGUGAGCAAAUGUAGCCUCUGAUACCACCCAAGGCUUCCCUUUAUCCCUUUCAUAAAAGCAGGGUGAGAGGGACCAGAAUGUCUUCUGCCUCUAAAAAUAUGUGUAACUGACUGUACUAAUAUUCUGUGGUAUUUAAGAAAAUAAAGUGUUACAGUAACUCCAAA